CGUGCUCGAUGGCUCGAUACGCGGGAGUGGUGGUAGUCGCGGUUUUGUCAGAGGGGUCGCGACAGUCUGAUUUAGCGGCGGAGUCAGGUUGGGUGGUUAGUAUCGUGUGGUGCGCGUCGCGAAAGAGGAUAGAGAGCACGGAACGCAAGAACGCGACAAAAGAGGUUGUCAUGACGUUCGCGUGAGACUCGUGCAUCGUGUAUCGUCGCCAAGAAAUAUGCCGAGUGAUAUCUGGUGCUCGAGUUGGCGAUGUACCGUCAGUGGUGCGACGAUGCAGUGCAAGUUGGUGCUGGUUUUGGUGCUGGUCACGAUUCUACCUGACGUUUACACCGAGAGCCAGGGACCGUCCCCGGAUUUCAGCAGGCACGCGCUGGUCAGGCCGCGCGUGUACCACGGCAGGACCAAGCGGCAGAUCUCAUCCACCAAAGAAAACGACAUCGAGCACGCGGACGUGCUGACGGUGGGCUUCGAGCUGGAUGGGGUGAAGCGCGUGCUGGACCUCAGGCUGAACACCGAUCUGAUCCCUGUCGGCUACCAGCAGCGUCAUCAGCAUCGUGGCGCGUACAAAGUGCACACGCCAUCGAAAGUUGAACUCUGCCACUACCAAGGCAGCGUCCGCGACGUUCCCGGCUCUUGGGUAGCGUUGUCUACGUGCAGAGGAUUGCGGGGAGUCGUUUUCGAUGGCGAGAAUCUUCACCAUAUCCACCCGGAGAAGGAGUCGCUGGACUCGAAACAUUUCGUCUACAAGCACAGCGAUCUCCUGAGCAAUCACACCUGCGGUUACGAGGGAACGCCGCACCAUGUUCUCGGCCGUGAACACCGCGGGAUCGUCAACAGAGCCACGAGGCACAAGAGAGCGGCCGAAGUGAUCCGAGGACCGUACAACGCGGACAAGCAUUCGCGAUACGUGGAGUUGGUCCUCGUGAUCGAUAAAAAAGAGUACAUGGCCCUUGACGAGAAUCUGGACAAAGUGUAUCACCACUGCAAGGACAUCGCUAAUAUAAUCAACGCUCUAUACAUGCCAUUGAACAUAUUCAUCGCCCUGGUUGGCGUGCAAGUUUGGUCGGACACGGACGAAAUAACGCUAUCCCCGAACGGGGACACCACCCUCUCGAAUUUCCUGCGGUACAGGCGGGAGAAGUUGGUGCAGGACAUGCCCAACGAUAACGCCCAGCUGUUGACGCGAAUCGUGUUCGAAGGAGGCGUGGUAGGGAAGGCUCUUAAAGGGCCGAUAUGCACGUACGAAUUCUCCGGUGGUGUCUCCAUGGAUCACUCGAACGUCGUGGGAUUGGUGGCCGCCACCGUGGCUCACGAAAUGGGUCACAAUUUCGGGAUGGAGCACGAUUCCGCUGACUGCGAGUGUCCCGAAGAGAAAUGCAUCAUGGCACCGUCGAGCGGCUCGUCGGGACCCACGCACUGGUCGACCUGCUCCCUGGACCAUCUCGCUCUAGCCUUCGAACACGGAAUGGAUUACUGUCUCAGGAACAAGCCGCAGAAGCUCUUCGACAGUCCGAUUUGCGGGAACGGGUUCGUCGAGCCUGGAGAACAGUGCGACUGCGGGCUGAAAGAGAAUUGCGACAAUCCUUGCUGCAACGUAACUACCUGCAUGCUCCACGGCAACGCUAGCUGCGCCACGGGUAAAUGCUGCGACCUGACGACCUGUCGCCCGAAAACUGCGGGCACGGAGUGCAGAAGCGCGGAGCACGAGUGCGAUCUGCCCGAGUAUUGCACCGGCCAGAGCGAGUACUGUCCAGCUGACGUGUUCAAGAUGGACGGGGAGCCGUGCAGCAUGGGAAAGGCGUUCUGCUAUCAAGGUUCCUGCAGGACCCACAACGACCAGUGCAAGUUGUUGUGGGGACCCACGGGUACCUCAUCGGAUGCGCAGUGUUACGACAUGAACAACAGGGGCACGAAACACGGCAACUGCGGGUACAAUCGCGUCCAGUCCAGUUACGUCAAGUGCACUGACGAAAAUCUCCUUUGCGGAAUGCUGCACUGCAAGCAUUUGAACGAGAGAUUGGAGUUCGGUGUAGAGUCCGUGGCAAUUCUGAGUCAUUCGUUCAUCAACAACGGUGGGAAGAUAAUACCGUGCCGCUCGGCCAUAGUGGAUUUGGGUCUGAAUCAAGUAGAUCCUGGACUGACGCCGGAUGGUGCAAAAUGCGCGCCUGGAAAGAUGUGCGUAAAUCAGAAAUGCAUGCCGGUUGCCGAUUUGCGCGCGACCGUCUCCGGAGGGAAAGCGUGUCCCAAUAAUUGCGGAGACAACGGGGUGUGCAACAGUCUUGGCCACUGCCACUGCAAUCGCGGCUUCCGGCCACCCGAUUGCACUCAACCUGGCGUUGGUGGAUCCGAGGACAGCGGACCCGCAGACGAUCCGAAUGCGAGGAACGACAUGAUUAUGGCCAUGUACAUAAUCUUUCUGGGCAUCGUGCCGAUGGCUGCCCUGUCCUCAUUCGGCGUUUGGUAUUUGAGAAACCCAGGCCAGCACUGGAAGAAGGGCAUGAUCGCAACGACCGAUCGCGGCCACAAUGGACUAUCCAUCAAAACGAUCGAUCGUUCCAGUCCCUUGCCCCGUAACAUCGAAACGAUCGAUUCUAGCCUCAGUCAAGAUCCAGCGUGCGCGAGUUUAUUGCCGAAACCUGAAGCCGACGAGCGUUACAACAAUAAUCUAUUCGGUCAGUUCAAAGGCUUCACGAUAACCCCGAUCAAGAAUCAGUCGAAGAGCGGCGAGCCUACCAAGCCUGCGCCUCCUCCGCCCACGAUUCCAACCGUGGCGAUAAAAACCAACAUCAAGGCUCCGCCUAAGAGCAAUCCGCCACGAAAUUCUUUGCUGAACACAACGUCCUGCUUCACAGAGUCACCCACGGCUCCCAUUUUGCCGCCACUGAAUCCAGGAUGCACGGCGCGUCCUUUGAUCAGCAGUCCAGUCUUAGCAGCUACUACUUGUACGUCCGUCGAGUUGGUGGCGCCGAAACCACCGAUCAGACCUUCUAUGGACGUGCCCACUAGACCUGCACCUGCUCCCCCGAUCUCCAUCGACCUUCAGAAGCCUCAAAGACCGAACAGCACGCCGUUGACCAACCUACUGCUUCCCGAGAUAGAGAAAAAGCCAGAUAAGGGUAGCACUCUGAACAGGUUGGCUUCGAUGCUUCGACCCAAUUCGGGGAUCAUGAAGACGGGGCUGCAGGUGUCGCAGAAAGACGACAAGAACACCAACUCUCUGCCUAGAUCGCAUCAUCAUAAGGCAAACAAGGUGAUAGACAAAGAAAUCCUCAGGAACUUGGAGAUCUCCAAUCCUAUACCUCAAAAAGAGAUCGAGAUUCCGACACCAGCGAUACCGGUGGUAUCUACCACAGAGGCUGAGAAACGUAACGUGGUAUUGCGCGCCCAGUCCAUGAGAGACAGCAAAAUCACACCUAGACCCGCCAUUCACACUUUCGGUUCGAUGCGUCAGCAAACCACUCCGGUUAAAAGACCUACCAGUAUACCAGCUAGCACGAGACCCACGGCACCUCCUCCUGGUCCUCCGACUUCCACGACGUCGACUACGGCGACGACGACGGAGAAGAUGAACGAGACUGGGAAGAUUCCAGGACUACCAGGCUACCAGACGCCGCAGUUGAAGAGCACGCAAAAGCUCACAGACAACGCUUACGAUGACUGCAUGAACCUCGUCUCCGAGUCGUCUUUGACGAAAAUCACCGAGGAAUCGCCCACCAGCGACAACAUCUACGCUGUGAUCGAAGAGGCGAUUCCUGAGAAGAGUAGAAAGACCCAGACGGAGUUAGACAAGCGCAUAGACAACGAAUACAAACUGCCAAAACGCGUCGAGACCUCUGCCAACCCUGCCAACUUGGAGCCUAUGGGUCUGCUCUCGGAGAUCGUGUCGGAGAUAUCGAAUCGGAACUUCGAUUCUAUAUACUCCACCGCGACCUUGUCUCGAAAAGCGAAAGAGAACGCAGAGACGUCCAAGAACGCGGAGGACUUGGGGUCGAACAGCUCGCUGGGAGCUUACGUGAACUCCAACCAUUACAAAUCGCCAGGCAGCAUUUACUCUAACUCGGCAUCCGGGAAAUUCAAUUCAUCCAGCUCCACGACUAGCUCUGGCUACUUGAAUCCGUCGGUGCUGAACGUGCCGCGGCAACAGUCCGUCAACGUCGAGUCGAAGACGAUCGACAAGAGCAAGUUGACGUCCCUGAAUUCGGCGAAUCCGAAUCUGAACGACGAAAUAUCGAAGGAGCUGGGCAUGAAGCCCGCGACAGGGGAUGUCUCUUCGAUGAAAACUCGGCCGAUUCAACGAGUCCCUGCAAGCCAGAAAGGCGAAGAGUCGGUGGUAGACGGCAAAGAGCCUGCGAAACCACCCCUAGGGAGGACGAAAACGCCACCGCACAUCGCCAAGGGUUCGACGACAAAGGAAGCAAACGACGCGACGAAAACUGCCACCAGACAAGCUCUGGACAACGCGUCGAAGUCUAAACCGUACUCGGAUGGAAACUCCAAGCCGUCGAAGCCAGGAUCGGAUGUAGGUCAAACGAGCAACGCGCAGAGUCCUGACAAACAGGACUCUCGUACGAACGUUAAUAGAUUAUCUAUGAAAACUGUGCCUUGUAGCCCUAAGGAUAACGGGGGAAAGUUCAACAGUCCUGACGUAGUGUCGAGCUGUUCGAGUUCCAAUCAAAGCAGUACAAAGUCGCCGGACGUUCUGGGAAACAAUCCAAAGUUUAGCUUUCAGCCGAAGACGGUUCAGAAGACGCCCACGAUGCCGCGUGGCAGCGCUACCAAGACGCCGUCCGCGCCGUUGAAACCGUCGAGUAUCGCGACCAAGACAGCUAGUCUCGCGGAGAAGAAGAAGUCACCUACUAACGCGAGCAAAUCGUUCGGAGUGUCUGCGAAAGAGUCGAUUUCGAAGAGCUCGCUACCGAAGGCAGCCCAGAAAACAGAGACUAAAGGUGCAGGAGACUCGGGGACAAAGACGAACCCAGUGCAAAGAGCAGCUACAGGGAAAUCCAACGUGGCGUCCCUUCAACAAAAGUUCGAAGCUAACAAGAACGUUAACGCGUCGAGGACGGUACCGAGCGCACAUAAAAAGACGGUUGGGAAGACGAUAGAAAUGACAGGUGUCAAAAAGUAAUAAACGAACGUGUAGGGUCUGCGCGAGAUAUUCUAGUCUGUCGUUGAUUCACUUUCAGACGAAGUGAAGACGUACGAGAUACGUCCGAACGAUAUUUCUAUGAUUUUAUUUUAUUUAAAGAGAUCGUAUGGGAAAGCAAAAAGCCUAUAGAGCAGUGGUUCUUAGCCAUUCUAAGCUCACGGCACAGUUUAGAAGAACAUUCUUCGUUUCUUCGAGUCAACUCAAUUCAAACAGUUUGUGAAAGGGAGACAUAGCUCUUCUUGGUCGUAAUUGUAGUAAAAAGUUAACGCUUAAAUGUUUUUAUAGGUUCUUAAAUUUGUACUACAAUUAUUCAGAAUUAGGAACUGUGCUAGGAGUUUCUUCUAUAAACUGUGCCGUGAGCACAAUAAGAUAGAGGCUCGUCUCCAAAAUUGCGCUUCUAAUUACAUUCGCGGCGCAGUGGUUCAGAACCACUGGUACGGUGCAACGAUCAUGAACCUUUGACUGAAGUUAUCGAGAGAGAGAAACAAUCGAUCGAGCAACUUCGCGACUGGAAUUUUUGUAUUUACUGCCGGAAUUACAAGAUGUAGCGUCGUUGGGUAAAAAUCAAGUGGACGAUUCGUAGGCCAAUUGAAUUUACUCCAACCCUAGGUUGUGUCAGCCGUGAAGUUCACGGCGUUAUACAGAAUGUACCAGAUCACAUGGUUUCAAUAGAAAUCACCUCCUUUCGGGUUGUACCCCGAUAUUUUGGGACACCCUGUAUUACCACUGUAAAUAGUAGUUACUUAAAAAUUCUAAUAUUUUUUGUAGACAUCAUCCAUUUACCGGUAACGUUCGGAUAUACAUGAAACACUAACGAUCGUCGGGAUAUUUAUCGUAAGAGGAUUUUUUAAACGAGAUGACAAAGUGAGCAAUAAUUUAUUUUGAAAAAGUUUCGCUCGAGUAACGCAAGAGGAACGCGUAAGAAAUUAUUGAACUCUGUGAUAUACGUGUAACGAAAGAUAGCACAGAAACAUCAUCGUACCGUACGUAUUAUAAUAAAAUAGCAGAUUAUAGACGCGACCAAAUUUAUCAUUUUAUAAACAUAGAAAGUUUUCAAGGACGAAUUAGUCUCUCGAGAGGAAAAUCAUAUCUCAGAAAAAAAAAAAGGAAACAAAA